AUGUUAACGACCAAACGACCAACGCCGACAACAGUCCUCUACACCGUUUCCACACGCGGCCAAAGCAAAUCCCUCCCCGCGAGACUGUCCACCUACGCAUCCGUCCUCCUCCGCCUCGUGGCGGGAAUUCUAGUCCUCGCCGUCCUGCUCCAUGAAUUCGCGUCUCACUAUCAUCACCACCACCAGGACCAAGCCCACGACCUCCCGACCUGGCUCCUCGGAUUCCGAAAUUUCCUGCUCUGGUUCUACGAAACCACGAAUCUCACCCUCCGCCGACGGAUUCUCCUCUGCGUCGUCACGACCUGGCUAAUUUUCCGGAAAGGCUACACGGAAGAGAGCCUAUUCGUGAUUCGCGGGCUGGGAGUGCAGACGAGCACGAGCAGUUCGAGCUGGCUGUUGGGGACGGGGAAGACGCGGUUCAUCCCCACGCGGGCGAUUCAGGAUGUUUUUCUGUAUGAGGCGUUCAAGGGGUUUGAGGUGAGGUUUUAUCUGGGCAUCGUGGUGGAGGGGGAGGAGGAUGUGGUGGUUGUGUUCCCGGUGAGUUCGUUCGUUCGUUUUCCUCUUGGUGGGAAUGAUUGGGUGGAAGGAGGGUCAGGAUCGGGAUUGCUGAUGGUGAUUGAUUUGUCGUGCAGAGUAUCCUGCCGAGACGCGAGAUUUUGGAGAAGGUCUGGAGGGGAGCGAGGUGA